AUGUGCUUUGCUAACUGGCAAGUUCCUUCCACUCCUAUGAAGGUUUUCUCCAACAAUAUGGGAAAGAAAUUUAAGCCUGUCAUAACAAAAUGCAAGGAGAGUGAAAACUGGACAAAAGUUACAUUUAAGCCUGACUUAGCAAAAUUCAAUAUGACUCAUCUUGAAGAUGAUGUUGUUGCCCUUAUGAAAAAACGGGUGAUUGACUUGGCGGGAUGCCUUGGAAAGACUGUGAAGGUUGAGCUUAAUGGGCAACGUAUUCCAGUAAAGUCUUUUCUUGACUAUGUUAAUCUGAUGGACCAAGCAAUGGGAUUGCACAAACUAUGCAGCCUGAAAUCAUUCACAUUUCACACUAAGAUAGAAUCAAAACAAUCUGGUAUUCAGGGCAAUGAAAAGGAGCUUGCAUAUUUGUUAGAAGAGAAAAACAUGUCUCUGGCAGCGAUUCAGGCAGCUCAUGAGUCGGAAAUAAAUAACUUGGGCUUAGAACUUGAGAAAGAACGUGACAAGUUAGCAAAUAUUCAGCUAAAAUUACAAGAGGAACUGAAGUUGAAUGAAUCCUUUCAAGAGGAGCUGAACUUAUCAAAAGUGGACAAGGACAAAAAAAUGGAGAUGAACAAAAUUCGUGAUGAAUUGAAUGAGAAAAUAUUAGAAGUAAGACGAUUACAAAUAGAAUUGACUAGAAGGGAGAAUGCAGAAACAGAUGACAUUGUAGAUGGUUUAAAAAGAGUCAUUGCAACCCUGGAGCAGGAGAACAAUAAUCUUAAGGUUUAUACUUAUCAUUAUUAUAUAUUUGGUAGUAUGUUGCACGUGUGUUCUAAAAUUUAUUGGCAUCUAUUUUUUUUUUUAACUGGAUUUAUAAAGCUCUAUUACAAUAUUAGCAAUCUUGCUCCUUGAGCUUGCUUUAAUGUU